AUUUGUUUUUUUAAUAAUUUUUUUUAAUUACGAGCAUAUCAGUAUACUUUUUUAGUGACAGUUCCUUCGAAAAAAUACGUACAAAAUCAUCAAUGAUUCCACACUAAACAUUCAGCGACCAUCGGUAAGAAACAGAUUACGGAUACUUAUGUUAGUAGUAAAAAUUGUUGUGCUUAUUUCAAUGUUUGGAAAUGUGGUUUCAUCGAAAAAAAGAAUUUUGGAAAAAUUCAUUAUUUCAAAAAAAUUCAUUCAUUAUUUUUCAUGGCAACAUGCAUCCACUGACAAAAUGCUAUGCGAUGCUAUGUAAUCUGGUUCAACAAUCUCUUGAGUUAGAAUAAAAUAAUACAAAUUUUUGUUGUUUGAAAAUCCGUUGAAUCGAAGACCGACUAAUGCCUGAAGUUUUUGCUAAUUCACGUUGAUUAGAACUGCAACAAGAAUAUUCAUAGUAUUAUUUUCCUUUACUACCGGAUUUGCUUUUUGAUGACUUUUCUCAUACGAUUUACCGUGCUCACGUGCUCGAUUUUCUAAAUUAAAAAAUGUCACAUGUGAGUUUUGAAUACCGUAGCGUUCGAAGAAUAUUACUACUGCAUGUUGACAAUUUUUUGACAAUAAGAAUUUAUCGUUUGUUAUUUUUUGACAUAUAUAGAUUUUAUCGAUGAAAAGAUUGAACAUUUUUCAAGAAAAAAAUAGAUCGUCCAGAGUUUCUUUCAUUCUUGGUGCCAAGAGAUAAUUUUGCGCGCUGUCAUUUGAUGAUGUUUAUUUUUUUAAGCUUUAUCAUUCUUAGAGAUAAUUGUCUUGCGUAUCUAAUGUUUUCCCAAGAUUUGCUUGGUAGACGCGGAACUGCCCCUUACGUCAGAAUCCACCGAUGUUAUCUCCGCGUCACACGCGAAAACUAGCACGAAUAACAGAGCACUUACAAUGGACGAUAGCGUGCACUAUAAAGAAAAUUUUGUUUGCAGAGAGAGAGAGAGAGAGAGAGAGAGAGAGAGAGAGAGAAAGAGAGAGAGAGAGAAAAAGAGAGAGGGACAAAGAUGUGGCCAGGCGGAUGAUCGUCCGGAAACUACGGCGACGCGUUUUACCGAGAAACGACGGCGGCGACUCUUGAUCGACGGCCGAGAGAGAGGAGGUGGCGAGACUCCGACGAAGAUGAUGUGUAGUAGAAUCAGACGAGACGAGGUCUUUCCCGACGACGGCUGAUCGUCGUGAUCGCGACGCCCGCGGUGUAUAUGUCGCUCUGUAGCGAGGACGACGACGUGCUUAGCAGUCUGAUCCGUCCGGGGUCUAUGCGCUCGUGAUCGCGAUCGUGACGUGGUAAGCGGACGAGGGGCGUAAACGAGAAUGAAGGGACGGUCCCUCGAGUUGCGAAACGAGGAGCCACUGCGUUGUCGCGAGUGAGUCGCAAGCGGUACCGAGAAGUGUUCAGUUGCAACGAACUGCAGUGAGUGCAAGAGAACGUGCAUUGGGAGAAAAAAAGUGGGAGAGAGAGAGAGAAAAAGAAUCAAGUGGACGCGCGUCACUUCCGUAAACAGUCACGCAAGGGUGAGUGAACGUGGACAAUCGAGUAUCGCGAUCGAGUGCCGCGAUCGAGUGUCACGAUCGAGUGUAUCGGAUUUUCGAUGGAACAAGUUUGCGUGAUUAGAGGACUUGAACCGUGAGUGCAUUUCGAUGACGCUUGAGACCAUUCGAAGUGAUUGUUCAAGAUAAUCCCCUUACUACCCGUAAAAACGUGACAGAAUCGCAAAGUUUCCAGGAGAGGAUUGACGAAGAACAAAACUCGCUUUUCUUGUAACGACGAUGAGGUGAAAGUGAAGUGAGAGCGUCGCAUCGUAAGUGAAAAAGGACCGUGUGCGAUCAGACUACUCAACGAUCGAGUGAAUUGUUGUCACCUUCCUUCUUCAUCAAUUUCCCUUUUUUUCCUAACUUCAAUUUGCAAGUUUUUUCAUCUUUGAUUCCUUGUGAUACGAUGUCUCGAGUUAAACGCGCGGAAUCAAACCAAUCCACAAAUGUGUUGCGAUUUACUUAACGCUUUCAGUAAGCUCUCGAGAACUGCUUUGUCGGCGUUGAUCGCGACUUGACAGGAUUCGUGCGACAUGAAACAUGAUAUGCAACGUGGAAUUCAUUCCAGUCAGAUGCGGAUCAGCGUCUCGAUUUCGAUCAACAGCGACUCAUUAAGCUUAAUAAUGAUCUUGAUGGUAACUCGCACGACCUUGAGUCCGUUGUACCAGGUGAUCGAGACUGCGUUGUAACGUGCGCUCGUAAAAUCGUGAAAUCGUGGAAAAUCCACUGCUUCGCGAAGCAGCCCGAUUCGGGGGUACCUUGGGGGGAAGCAAAGCAGCGGGGAGGACAAGAAGGCGGAGGAGAACAAAGAAGAGGAGAGGGAGGGGGUGGAGGCGGGAGUGAAAAAGACGAAGAGGAGGAAGCUUCUUUGGCGUCGAGCGUGAAGGGGACGAAGAAACGUGCGUUUGUGAUUCGGCGUGGCUGCCUUCGAGGAUGAGCGACGGCGGUCAUGCCGUGUAAUUCGAAGGUGUACCACGCCACCGUCGCAUCGUGCACGAUCGUCGUCGUCGAGCUGUUGAAACACGGCAGAGUCGCGGCAUCGCCGGCAAGAUGAGCUCGAUCGACUUCGACGAGGUACUGGUACAUGUGGGCGAGAAGGGCCGAUAUCAGAAUAUCAUGUACUACUUACUGUGCAUACCCGCCACCCUGCCGGCCGCGUUCUUGGCGUUCUCACAAGUGUUCGUGAGUGCCUCGCCGGAACACUGGUGUAGGAUACCAGAACUCGAAAACUUGACGGAUCUGAUGUCACUGGAGCAGAGAAAAGCGCUCUCGCUGCCCUAUUCGGUCAAGCCUGACGGUAGAAGAGUUUACUCAAAGUGUCAAAUGUACGACGUGAAUUACACGGCGAUAAUCGAAUCGUGGCUCCAGCGCGCCGAUUUACACAACGCGACCGACAGCCCAUCGUCGUUUCAUCCAAGUCGGCCGCUGCCAGUUAGCAGUCCCGACUGGCCAAUAAGCAAAUGUCGGUACGGAUGGAAUUAUGACACCAGGGACUACGAUAGCACUCUCGUGACCGAGUUAGACUUGGUAUGUGACAACAGCUGGUGGCCUUCCACAUCGACGACAUUCUUUUACGUGGGCAGCCUCUUCGGCAACGUAGUAUUCGGAUGGAUCGCCGACAAGUGGGGUAGAAGGACGGCUUUCUUCGCUAUUUUGUUUCUUGAGGUGAUAUUCUCCAUUGCUACGAGUUUCAGUCCAAAUUACGUGAUCUACACGGCGCUGAGGACUGUGAAUGGUCUCUUUUUUCCUGCCAUUUAUCAGAUACCUUUCAUACUUGCUCUUGAGCUAAUGGGACCGAGAUAUCGAACGUUCGCUGGGAUGGUAAUUUGCAUGUUCUUCGCCACAGCGAUGUCUCUUUUGGCGUUGCUAGGCUACUUGUUAAGGCACUGGUACACCUUGUCGUUAGCCACAUCGGUGCCUUUCAUUCUUCUCUUCAGUUACUACUGGAUCAUCCCCGAGUCACCGCGAUGGCUUCUCAGUAAAAACAGGAUAGAUGAAGCGGAAGUGAUCGUUCAACAUAUGGCAAAAGUCAAUGGCAAGACAGUGCCCACAAAUUUUCUUAGAAAGAUGGAGAUAGAAAUAUUAAAAAGACAAGGAAUAUCGUGUAACGGUAAGAAUUCCAAUGGCGGCAAUAUCGACGUGGAGGACAGAUCACCGCCACCAUCUGCAACGCCUAUGGACCUAAUCACGAAUCCUAACAUCAGGAAAAAGUUUUUUAUUCUUGCUUUUGAUUGGGUGGCGAACGCGGUGGUAUACAACGGAUUGUCCUAUAACACGACUAAUCUGGGUGUUUCCGAUUAUCUGGCCUUCUUUAUUGGAGGUAUUGUGGAGAUUCCGUCAUACUUUCUUACAUGGUACGCGAUGGACAGGUUGGGCAGGCGAUGGGUAUUGUGCGUGACCAUGAUGUUGGGUGGACUGGCUUGCGUGUCCUGUAUGUUCGUGCCUGAAGAUGCGGUCUGGGUGACUGUUAGUCUGGCGAUGAUCGGCAAGUUCGGCAUUGCUGCGUCCUUCGCCGUUUUCUAUGUUUUCGUCGGCGAGCUAUUACCCACCGUGUUGAGGUCUCAAGCAAUGGGUAUAGCAUCCUUUAUCGCUGGCAUCGGUCUCCUCACUUUUCCCUACAUCGUUCACCUGGCGGUCUAUUCGAGAGUCUUACCUCUAAUCGUGAUGGGAUCACUGAGCGUCGCCGGUGCCCUCACUUCCGUAUUUCUGCCUGAAACACUCAACAUCCACUUGCCACAGACUAUCGAGGAGGGUGAGCUUUUCGGGGCUGAUUUCAAGUUGUGGUCCUGCCCUACUGUACCAAACAGGAAAGAUUCAAAAAAGUCUGAGCCCGUUCCACUAAGGUUCCUGGUAAACGGCGGACCAGGUAGUCACUCGUCCACCUCAAAAGUCGUGUCACCGGAAGUUGCGACUACUCCGGAGGGCGAAAAGCCAGCUACCAUGCUGCUAUCAAAGGAGGAAGAGGCGAAGAACUUAAAUGCCAAGGAGGAGGAGCUGACGAAUAUCGUGACGAUUAUUGAGCCAAAGACGUCUAGCGUAGUGGCAGAAAUCAACGUGUGCCGGAAGUCGCAAUGAGAUAAGAGAAAGAGAGACAGUCUUAUAAUUGAUUCUUCACGAUGUUGUAUUAUAAUUUCCAGUAUAGGCACGCAUUGUAUUUAUUUUUCCAUUUAUUAUAAUAUACUUUCUUUGUACAACUUGCCCCUGAAUUUACCGAUGAGCACAGUUCGAAUCUUGUUUCCUUCUGUGCUACAAGAGAGUGUUGUCAAUUGUUGUCGCGGUGUGUGCAUGUGCGUGUACAUUGCAUGAUUGAUACUCCUGUCGACUGAGGAGUAACGCCCGAGCUCUGUGAGAACUUUAAAGUGUAAUUCAAUACUUUUUUAUGUUUUCGAUUAGCUCCCUGAUUUUGCAUUUUGUCUUUGCGAUAUUAAAAAAAAAAACUUAGUGAUUUCAAAUAAUUUAAAUAAAAUAUCUUACUAUU